AUGACUGCCGUUCUUAUCACGGGUGCAACCGGCAAACAAGGGGGUGCCCUCAUCAGGAAUCUCCUACUUCGAAAGGCCCCCUUCGAGAUCCUCGCCGUCACCAGGAACCCAUCCUCCUCAUCUGCCCAGAAGCUGGCUAGUCUAUCUACGAAAAUUAAACUAGUGGAAGGCGACCUGGAUGACCCGGGUGCCAUCUUUCGGAAUGCUCAACGCCUGACGACAUCUCCCAUCUGGGGGGUAUAUAGUGUGCAGGCCGCAAUUGGAAACAAGGCCGAAGAAAUGCAAGGAAAAGCGUUGAUAGACGAAUCCAUCCGUCAAAAGGUCAAGUUCUUCGUCUACAGUUCAGUUGACCGCGGCGGUGAGGAGCACUCGUUCCGAAAUCCCACCAAGAUACCUCAUUUCAUCAAAAAACAUAACAUCGAACACCAUCUGGUCAACCACAGCAAAGAUGGCAACAUGGGCUGGGUGAUUCUGCGCCCGGCCGCCUUCUUCGAAAAUCUGACUCCGGAUUUCUUCGGCAAGGUUUUCACCACAUGCUUCAAGAUGGCAUUGGCGGGUAAGCCGCUGCAGCUCGUCGCCACAAGCGACAUUGGAUACUUUGGCGCUGAAGCAUUUCUCAAUCCGGAAAAGUACAAGGGCAGAGCGCUUUCACUGGCUGGUGAUGAACUGACCUUUGAGGGGAUGGGGUUAAUCUUUGAACAGAAGACUGGACGGCCACUGCCUAUGACGUUCCGCCCGGUAUGCUCGUUAUUUAUGGCCAUGAUGAAGGAUAUGGGAUAUAUGUUCCAGUGGUUCCGAAAUGAGGGAUAUAAGGCUGAUAUUCCGAAGUUGAGGGAGAUCCAUCCCGAGAUGAUGGACUUUGCCACCUGGUUGAAGAAGGAGAGUGAGUUUAAAAAAUAGCUGAAUUUGUGG